GGGCUGGUGGGAGACGUCUCCCAUACCGCCCUCUGGUCUUGCAGAUAAAGCAGUAUGUUGCUGAAACUCGACCAAGUUCACCUGCUGACGAUGAGGAUGAAGAUACUAGUGGCGUUGGUGUGUGCGGAUUUCGCGUUGAUGACUGCUGCUCAGUUCAGCUGCGACCCACUGACUCAGUACCAGAGGUCCGGACAAUGUUGUCAAAUGUGCAGUCCAGGUACACACAUGUUAUCUCAAAGCCCUUGUUUUGAACCUCGGUGCUCUGAAUGUGGGGAAAGUGAAUAUCAAGAUAAAUACAACACUGAUUCCAAAUGUCAACAACAGCCAUACUGUGACGCCAAUAGAAACUUCCAGGUUUCUACCCAGGACAAUAAGAAGAAGAAAAUCAGCUGCAUGUGUUUGCUCGGCUUCCACUGCUCCGGUGAAAUCUGUUCAAUCUGUGUACCGCACACAACCUGCAAACCAGGAGAGGGCGCUGUUGCCAUAGGGAACCACACCCAUGACACUGUGUGCCAAAAAUGUCCCGAGGGCUCAUUCUCCUUCAAUGACUCCUGGGAAAGUGUUUGCAUCAAACACACUGAAUGUGGGAGUGGAUAUGAACUUUGGCAGAAAGGAACGGCGAUAUCUGACAACGUCUGCGAGCGAAUGACACGAAUGUAUAUCGGCCUGUUGAUAGGAUUUCUUUUCCUGGUCAGUUUAAUAGUGGCUGCAUGCUUGUACACAGCAGUUCAUGUAAAACGGAAGAAAAAGAGUUUUGACAUUGCUGGAGAAAAUGGGCAUCUGGCCAUCAACAACAGGCAUAUCUAUACCCCAGUGGAUGACCCUGAAAAUGAGCAACCACUUUUUGUAACACAAAUCUCAAAAGAAGAGUGUGGUACGAGAACGCCUGAGGAAAAUGUCGACGAAGGAUCGCUAGAAGAGGGCUCAGACAGCGGUGUUUAUACUCAGAAGGGGAACUUUUUAAAACAGGAGACUGGUAAACAGGAAAUCCUCUCCCUGCAGGAGGAGUCACAGACAUCAACGGUAGUCGGUGAAGGUCCACAAGAUUCGUUUAAUCAGAUGGGAUGAAAGGAACCACUGUGUCACAUAUUGACGUCAUUGCCCAUAGUUUUCCUGAUCUAAACCUGUAUAUAUUUCUUUAUUAUCUGUGGUAGCAUGUUAGCAUGUCAGUCUGUGUUGCGUUUUUUUUUUUUUUUUUUUGUUUGUUUUUUAAAAAAGUGACACUAAGGUGUGUAACUGCUGUUGACGGGUUGCUUUCAAUCAAAAGCUCCUCCAUGAAUUGCUACAUUUACUGCAGUGUCUUCCCUCCUGUUUAUAGUUGUAUGUAUGUAUCUGUGGAAGGUCAUACAAUACAGUAACCUUGGACUCUUUGGGAUAACAGAAGGUUCCCAUAAAUCAUUCGGGAAUAUUUUAGCUGGCAUCAAAUCUUCCUUAUUUAAACUCUGCCUGGUUUUCAUCUGGAGAAUUUGACACUAAAACUUAGUUGAACAAAGUACGAAAAGUACCGUAAACAGGAGAGAGUACUAAAGUACUCAGAAUAGAAUAAAAUAGCAAAACAAAACAACACAUUAUGGCAAAACUAGCAUUAAUGUCCAAAAAUUACUUCAAAAUUACAAAAAAUCCUCGAACAGAAUGUAUAUAAAUAAAUCUUAAUUGUAAAAAAUGAAAAUAUGGAUUUUAUUCAAUAUGGAAAUGUAGGAUUUCCAAGUUAAUUUUAAAAUUAUGACUUUAAAGAUUUUACCUCGAUAGUUGGUACCAUAAACAUGUUAGUUCCUCAAAUGAGGUUACAUUAUGGAUCUCUUAAUUGAAUCAACUAUGGUUUAAUUAAAAUAUAUCUAAAUAAAUAUAUACAGUUACUCAUACCUACCUAUAGAGCCAAUGUCUCACUCUAGAUUGAAGCGGAGCACGGUCAAAAGCCUCAUCAAAAAGCUGUUUUACCUAAUCGUUAAUUGUAGUUGUGUAUCACAACGUAGCACUCUGUAUAUUUUUGCUUUUGACUGGAGUUUGGGCUUCAUUUUAACUUUGUGCUCAACAUUGUGUAAAGAAAAAAAAAUAAAUGUAUCAGUUGAAUGUACAUGGAAAA